GAACGGCGCGCGGGGGCGGGCCAGAGCGCCCCGCAGAGGCUGGUGGCGGCGGCGGUGGGGGUGUCGCCAUUUUGGACGGAGGCGGAGAGCGGGGCGGUGGUGGCCAGGUCUGUCUUGGUACAAGAGGAUGUUCAGCAUUUCCUACCUUCCUCCCUGUAGAUGAGAAGUAAGGGAGCCUUAGUGGAGAUACUGGGGAAGAAGCUCCUCAACAGCAGGUCUAGUGGCACAGGGAUAGAUUUUAUGAGAAGCUGGCUGAGCCUCCUCCAGGGCAGAGGGGGAAGAUGUCAGAGCAAGUGGUGCAGCUCAUCUGACCUGGAUCUUCAGGGGAGCUGAACUGCCAUGGGGAACACCACCAGUGAGCGAGUGUCAGGGGAGCGCCACAGCUCCAAGUCCCACCGCUCAGAUGGCUCCGGUGCCACCCACCCUGCCAAGGAGCACCCACACAAGAUCAUGGUGGGCAGCACUGACGACCCCAAUGUUUUCAGCUCCCAUGAUUCCAAGAUUCCUGGGGAUAAGGAGUUUGUGUCAUGGCAGCCGGAUCUGGAGGAGUCAGUGAAACCAUCUCAACAGGCUCGUCCCACUGUCAUCCGCUGGGCUGAUGGAGGCAAAGAGGUCUUCAUCUCUGGAUCUUUCAACAACUGGAGCACCAAGAUCCCACUCAUCAAGAGCCACAAUGACUUUGUCGCUAUCCUGGACCUCCCAGAAGGAGAACACCAGUACAAAUUUUUUGUGGAUGGCCAGUGGGUCCAUGACCCAUCUGAGCCUGUGGUCACCAGCCAGAUGGGGACGAUUAACAACCUGAUUCACGUCAAGAAGUCUGACUUUGAGGUGUUUGAUGCUUUGAAGGUGGAUUCCCUGGAGAGCUCAGAAACCUCAGGUCGGGACUUGUCAAGCUCACCACCUGGACCUUAUGGCCAAGAAUUGUAUGUAUACCGGCCUGAGGAGCGCUUCAAAUCCCCACCCAUCCUCCCACCUCACCUCCUCCAGGUCAUCCUGAACAAGGACACCAAUAUCUCGUGUGACCCAGCACUGCUGCCCGAACCCAACCAUGUCAUGCUCAAUCACCUCUACGCACUGUCCAUCAAGGUUGGCACAGCCAGGCUGCACUGGGCUAUCCCCCUCCUGCUCCCACUGACGCUGUGCCUCUCGCAGGAUGGCGUGAUGGUGCUCAGUGCCACACACCGCUACAAGAAGAAGUAUGUCACCACGCUGCUGUACAAGCCCAUCUGAGCUGGGGCCUCACCCGCCCCCCACGCAGGACACCAAACGCCGCUUUGUCUGCACACACUGGGCCACAGGACUGUGCAAGAACUGACCGCUGGCUCCAGCCUCGAACGUGGCAGGGACGUGAGCCCUGGCAAUGAGCCCAGGGCCACUGCAGCUUGUGACACUGUCCGAUCCUACUGGUGUGGUUUGAUUUAACCCAUGGUUUCUGCUCACCUACAGCUCCCCUUGGCUUCUCUGAGUCUCUGGGGCCACUUUUGCUGCUCACCAGAACACCUUUUCCUUGUGCCCAGCAUGGAAAAGGCUUCACCUGCCCAUCUUGUCCAGCCUGCACAGGCCCCACGGUGGUCCUGGCAGUGCUUCCAGGAACAUGUCCUAUCUGCUGAAGGUUGCUGUGCUGUCCUGGUGAUGAGCUUCCAAGGCCACCUUGAUCCCUACAGGCUGUGGGACAACGCAGCCUGCCCCAUCCUGCAGCCCUGGCUAUGGUGCUGCCCCACUCCUUGUGCUCACUAGCUUUGAGGAAGGGCUCUCAGCCCUGGCUGCAGCUCCAACCCUCUGCCAGGUUCAGCAUUGAGCCAGCAGGAGGGAGGGUGCAGCUGGACUGGAUGCAGCCACGCUUACCUGCCACUGGGACAGCACCGUCAAGGACUGAACGCACAGUCCCCAACAUCGAGUGCUUCUGCAGGGAAUGGCUGACUUCGUCACAGCCAGAGGGACACCGUGCACGCCAUGCUGGAGGGGCCUGGGAAGAGCGGAGCAGGGCACGUAUCCCAGGACCCUGGCUACACUGCUUGCUGCCAGCGCAGUGCCACACAACAGGGUUUUCUCUAUUUAUUACAGUAUUUAUUGAUCUCGA